AUGGGAUUGAUAUCCUCAGACUGGGGUCAACAAGGCAACAUCGAAUUUGUCGACUUUCCUCUACAGAUAUCCAUUUCACAACGAGAACCUGCAAUGUUCUAUGCCGUGCUAUCCAACACCAGUCUCAUGGCUCCAGCUACCAACUCAAUAUCAAUGCGUCAACAACCCUUCAUGACCCAGUGGCUACGGCACAGAGCUGUCGAGUCACUAAGAACAGCUGUCAUGGAUCCGAAGCGCGCCUAUACAGAUGCCGUCAUCCUAACUGUUACCUACGUCUUCUUCAACGAGGCGCUGCGAUCAGAGCGACAUAUCGCGCUCAACGUACACGCUCCUGCUCUGAAGAGAAUGGUCGAAGCAAGAGGAGGUAUAAGUGCGAUCGCUUCGAAUGGCAAGGACGGCCUCAUCCUUUCGCGCUAUCUCUCUUGGUGCGAUCGUAUCGUCGCUUCUACGCUGGGUUCCCAACCACUAUUUGGCGACUAUGUCGAGGACCUGACCAUUGGAAGAACACAAUGGACCGGCAUGUGGUCUAAAGUCCAGACCUUGAUGUGA